UGAAAGCCUCUGUAGGAGACCGGAAGCGGAGGCGGUUUGCGAGAACCGUCAUGGCGGUCGUUGGAUACUGAAAGAGGGAAAAGCCGUCCGUCUUUGAGGCGGGGAGGUCGUGCUGGUGAAUCGCUUUCCCCUCGCUUGGGUGGCGCGGGGGAGCUUUCGCUGGUCUCCAGUCGGACCCCGCCCAGAAGCCCAGGACUACAACGCUAAUCGUCCUCCCUCCUAGGGGACCCAUAAGGCUGUGGAUGAUGGGAGAUGCGUCCAUUGUCUUGGUGAGAUGAGUAAAAAACAGACGCAGCCAUGAACUAAAGUGUGCGGCCCUUAUUGUUGGAUGAAUAUCGUAUUUCUCUGUUGCCUGUUAAGCUGGAAAUGUGCUGAAUUCUGAAGAGAAAAGGAGCGCAGCCAUGGACGAGGAGAGCUUGGAAACAGCCAUUCAGACUUACAGCGCUCAGCUGCAGCAGGUGGACUUGGCUUUGGGAGCUGGGCUGGACCCAACGCAACAGGCCGAUCUAAUUCAGCUGCAGGCCGAUUUAAGGCAGCUGAUAGAACUGACUGAAGCCAGCCUCCUGUCUGUGAAAAAAAGCAAACUUUGUUCAGUUUUGAACCCCGAGGCGCUCUCCACGCCUUCCUCCACCCAUCCUCAACCGAGCGGUGGAGAAGCUGGCCGCCCGAACGUUGAUGACGAAUAUGCUGCUUUUAAGGAAGCCAUUGAGCAAAUAGGGGAAGAGGAUGGUCCAUUAAGGACUCAAGAGGACAGAGAUGGGACGGGUGAUGAAGAGGAAGAAGAGGAGGAGGAGGAAGAAGAAGAAGAAGAAAUAGCCAGCGGGAUGAAAGUUAAAGCUCCUUAUUACAGUUCCUGGGGAACCCUGGAGUAUCACAAUGCUAUGAUUGUAGGUAGUGAGUGUUUGGAAGAUGGAGGGCCCGGAGUUAGGGUGCUCUACCUCUACCCAACUCACAAGUCUUUGAAGCCAUGUCCCUUUUUCCUGGAUGACAAAUGUCGAUUUAAGGAGAAUUGUCGGUUUUCCCACGGGCAGGUGGUAUCCAUUGAGGAACUGCAUCCCUUCGAAGAGCCUGACCUCAGUUGUCUAGCUGUGGGGUCAGCCUGCCUGGCAAGACACCAGGAUGGGAUCUGGUACGCUGCUAAAAUCACAGACAUUGACAGCGGUUAUUACACAGUGAAGUUUGACUCGCUGCUCCUGAAGGAAGCGGUGGUGGAAGGGGAUGGCAUAAUCCCUCCGCUCCGUAGCGAGGAGACCUCUUCCUCCUCCUCUGAGUCUGAAGGCGAUGAACUGGAUAGCUCUGCGUACGCUAAAGUCAUUGACGGCAGCAUUCCGGAGAACGGGGAAGGGACAUCCACCUGUCUUUCGUCCUUCGGCAGCUGGGAAGCCCAUACGCGCGGCAUAGGCUCCAAACUUAUGGCCCAGAUGGGUUAUGAGCUUGGAAAAGGCCUGGGCAAAAAUGCAGAGGGUCGGAUCGAGCCAGUAUUAGCCGUCGUGCUCCCCAAGGGGAAAUCGCUGGACCAGUGCGCGGAGAUCUUGCAGAAGAAGAGGGAGGGGAAGCUGGAUCCGUCCAAGCCCAGGAAACGGAGGGCGAAAGGCAAGAACGCGUCACGCGUCCGGCAGCAGACCCCGAAACGCCGAAACGUGUUUGAUUUUCUGAACGAGAAGCUGCAGAGCCAGGAUUCGGGGGGGCAGCCGGGAGGGACGCUCCCCCCGCUGGAGAGGAGCAGCAAAGAGAUCUACCAUGCCAGCAAGACUACCAAGAAGGCCCUCAACGUCCGCCUCUUCCAGACCGUGGAAAAAAUCGAGCAGACUCAGAGGGACAUCCGAGGGAUCCGCGAGGCCUUGGCACGCAACGUCGGGCGGCACACCGUCGCCACCGCGAAGCUGGAAGAGAAGCUCUCUGAAGCCCACAAGAAACUGGGCGAGCUGCGAUCUUUGGAGGCGAGUCUUCAGCAGGAGCAGAAGAAAGCCGACACGCACAAAAAAAUGACCGAGUUCUAGGUUUUUCUCCGUGUUGCGGGGAAAAAAAAAAAAGGAUAGGCUGCAGAGGAGCCUUCCUUUCUUCUGGGUUUCAUUCUCUCCUGUUGGACAAGUGGGCUGGAUUUGAACUGGUAGCUUCAGAGAAAAGCUCCCCCAGAUAUCCACAGCAGAUUCAGGACUGAUUUGAUUAAGGAAGGUUUUCUGUUAUGACAACUGUACGACCUGUGGACUUCAACUCCCAGAAUUCCUGAGCCAGCGUUGCUGGCUCAGGAAUUCUGGGAGUUGAAGUCCACAGGUCCUAGAGUUGCCCGAGUUGCCCACUCCUGUGUUAUGACCUGCCCAUCUCUUUGGUACUUGGUUCCUCCAGGACUUCUCUAUGGUUCCUUGGGGACUGAUGGCCUCUUUUCUCCCCCUCUUAGCGGACAGGAGCACUACUAUGGUGAAUGGAGAAAAAUAAAAUGAGAAAAACUCUUA